CAUUUUGUCGUAAGCGGAAGAAGGAAGCGCGGAGAGAAAACAGUCAACUCUUCGGUAAAAUCCUCCAGAAACACCGACUCUCCGCGAUGGAAGUCCCCGGACCCGACAGCGACUGGAGGAGCCCGCAGUUCCGACAGAAAGUCGUCGCUCAGAUCGAGGAGGCCAUGAGGAAGGCAGGAACCGCACACACCAAGUCCAGCAACGACAUGGAGAACCACGUUUACGUCAAAGCCAAAUCCAGAGAGGAGUAUUUAUCUCUGGUGGCGAGGCUCAUCAUUCACUUCAGAGACAUCCGUAAGUAUUUCACCUGAACGACGCUUCACACCAGGUGCCUGAGGUGCUUGAAUUUGGCACUCGUGAAUUUACUGGAGUACGUUUAAAAUCAGUCGUGAAAAACAUGGAAAAUGAUGGACUUUGUAAAUAGCAGUUUCAACCCUGGAACACGCAGGCAAACUAAAUCCUUAAGAA